AUGCAUUGCUUGCAAUUUCGAGGCUUUUUAAAAGACGAUGCUCGGUUCCUUAAAUUCACAUUGGCCAUGAAUGAUAACAUGUUGAUGGGCGAUAUCAAAUCUGAUCCAAAUGCCAAAAUCAGCUGGACCAUGCCAAAAACUAAAGAAUACUACAUUUUCAAGGGCAAAUUCUACAUUGCUUCAUCGCCUAUUCAAGUGACACGAUUCCCUCCUCCAAAGAUUAUCGAUGAUGAUACAAGCGCACCCGAUUACUGGGAAGAUCAGCGUAUACAGCAGUGGAAUGAAUUAGACACUCAAUCUCGCGCUACGUUUACAUGGCCUUCCAGGGCAGAGACACCCAGAGCUGCUGAUAUUGCUUUUUCUUGUCAGACUCUCAGCACGCAGGACAAAUCAUUAGUGCAUGAUAUAGCCAUGGAUAACUUUUGUUUGCUGGUGUACAAGGUGACGGAUGUAGAGCAUCUCGACUAUUCAGUCUUUCCUCCUAAAAGAUUGGUUUAUAAGCUAUUAAUCAAAACAAAUGUAUGGGAUAUUCAAGUAGCAAACCCGUAG